AUGUCAACAUAUAUUGCGGUACUGAUGCCAAAAGAAGCCAAAGAGUUUUUCCAAACUAUUUUAAGGAAAUAUGAGAACGACCCGAAGUUAGAAGUAACUAGUUGCAUUGAUGAAUCUGGAAGUAAGAUUGGAGACAAUUAUCUGUCAGUUGUUAUCCGUACGACUAUCAAUGGAAAAUCUGGAAAUGGAAAAAGUUACAACAAGACAGUAGUAACAAAACACUGUCCCCACUGGCGCCCAACUGCCAAAUUGGUCCGCAAUGCUGAAGUGUUCCAAAACGAAGCUCAUGUUUAUCAAAAUAUACUUCCGCACUUCAAGAAUAUAGCGCCGCCGUACAUUUAUGCUAGCCCGGAUGAGAUUGUUAUGGAUGAUCUUCGACUAGAAGGUUAUGUUGUGCAACCGAGGAGCAAUCUUCUUGACAUGGAACACUGUACGGCUGUUGUUCAGAAAUUGGCAUCCCUCCAUGCAACAUCUCUGGCCUUGAAACUAAGCAACCCUUCACUCUUCACGGAACUAAUGGCACCUCUGCAAGAAAUACUAUUCCCGCAAGACGAGACACCUUCACUCGGACAAUCAAUCGAGAUGAGCAUCGACCUAGCAGUAAAGCAUCUAAAAUCGCUCGAACAAACUUCCGAGUUGGUCAAAGCCAUUGAAUUCUUGGAUUCCCAAAGACCAGCUGUUUUAGAAACAAUGAAAGCUCUUACAAAGCCUGCACAAGAUAAAUACAACCUUAUGAGCCACGGGGAUUGCUGGAACAACAACAUAUUGUUCAAGCACGACGCCAGUGGGCGUGUGUGCGACGUCAAGCUGAUUGACUUCCAGAUUGUCCGACAUGUGUCUGCCGCGAUCGACUUCCACUAUUUUGUUUAUUCGAGUGCUCAGUCGCCGAUUAUUGAGAGCCAAUACGACGAGCUGAUCCAGAUUUAUCACCGGCAUUUUACCAAAAUUUUAAGAGAGUUACGUGUCAAGGAUGCUGACGUCCAAGCACUGUCGUUGGACUGGUUCAGGAACCAGCUCAAAAAUCAUGCACCGUACGGAUUGUUCACCAGCACCUGGUUGGUCAAUGCGGUUCUUGCCGAAGAUGAGGAUCUCAUCAACAUGGAUGACAUUGAUAUGGAGUUCUUCAAAAAUCGCCAGGAAGAUAAGAUUCCGAUCAAAGCCAACAAAGCACACAGGAUAAAGUGCAUUGUUCUGCAUUACAUGCGAACUUAUUUGUAA